AUGAACUACCCAACCAGUUUGAUACGUUUUAAAGAUCUGAGAGUGAAUAAUAUAAAAGGCAAAAUUUUUUACACCAAUAGAGGGCAAUAUAAGACAAACUCGUUUUUAUACUACUGUAUUAAUAACUUAAGUCAGUUAAACAAUGUAAGAAAAAAUUACUCUAGUUUAGGACAGCUAGUUGAUAGAAAAAAAAAUGUUGUAAAUUUAAGUGACGAUGGUAAUAUUGUCAAAAGCUACAAAAGAGUAAAUAUAAAGAAAAUACUUAAGGGUAAUAAAAAAUCGGAAGAAUUUGAAAAUGGGGUAAUUUGCAGCAAAAAAAACAAACUAGGGGAUACAAAUACGGAAUCUAAUUUUGUUAAUUUUAAUGGCAUGGGCAUUCAAUCAGAAUAUAAUACAAAAGAGAAUGUUUAUGAAAAUCGAGAAGACAAAAUUAUUAUGAACAAUAUUGAGCAAAAAGAUAAAGAACUGAAAAACAGUCAGGAGGAUUAUUCAACUCAAAUCGAUGUUAGUAGUAUGGAUGAAAUUUAUUUAAAAAAUUUACAAAAAAAAAAUAAAAGAGAUAUAGAUGAUGAGAAUAUAAAAAAUUCUGUUGAUGAACUAUUUUAUUCAAAAGGCACAAAAAAAAAAUUAAUGAAAAGACUUAUUUUUAAUAGUAAUUGUGAUUAUAUGGAUUUAAUUAAUAAAUAUCAAGAAUUUAAAGAAAUUGAUGAAGACAAAUUUUAUGCUUUGGAUAAUAGUGUAAAUAAUUCUACAAAUUUAGAACAAGACGGAAAUAAAGCAAAUGAUAAAUUUGGAUAUUUGCAUGAAGUAGAAAGAGAAAAUAUUGAUGAAAAUAAAUAUAUAAAUACAAAUUUUAAAUAUUUAAAAAAUAAUACAAAUAUAUCAAUUUUUUCUGAAGUAGGAAAAAAAGAAAUAUUAGAUACAUGCAAAAGAAAAAAAAAUAUGCAAAAUGAAAUAAAUAAAAAUAGUCAAGAAAAAAAUAUCUUUAAUAAUGAUAUAUUUUUUUGGUUGAAGCGAAAAGUUCAUAGGUCUAUUGAUUGGAAUAUUUCACCUGAUAGAUUGAACAAACAGGAUGAUAUAAUAGAUGUAACGGAAUUGAAUUGUCUAGAGAAAAAUAAUACUCCUGAGUCUGACAUGGUAGAAGAAGGAAAAAAUAUAUCUGCUUAUGAUAAAUUAGACAAACAAAAAUUAAUUCUCGACAAAAAUAAUGAAAAUUUUCAAACAGAUGAAGAAAAAAAAACAAAAAGAGCUUAUAUAGAAAAGAAAAUAUCUCCAUUCAACUUUUUAAAAAAGUUAAAUAUAAAUGUAGUAGAUGAGGAAAAUAAAGAUAUGAAAAAGGAAUUAGAAAAUGAAAAUAAUAAGAAUGAUGAAAAAAUAAAAGAAGCACGAGAAAAAGAAAAGGAAUCAUUGAUACAAAUGUAUUUGAACAAUUUGGAAGAUAAAAAAAGCAAACUAAGUUUAAAUAAUAUUUUAGAUAAAGAGAAAGAACCCCUAAACUUGUCAGACACAAACAUAGAUUCAAAUUCAGUCCACAAAUUUACUAGUGACAAAGAUAGUGAGCAUAGUUUGGAGUUUAUUCCCAUGGCGGGAAAUGAUAAAAAAGAUGAUGAAACAGUUAUUGAUGAGCUAAUUUGUCAAGCUAACAAUCAAGAAGACAUAAAAAGGGAACCAAAAGAUAAAACAUAUGAAGGUAUAAUAGAUAAUAGCAAAAAUAUUUUCAAAAAAUUAAAAGAAAAUUAUGAAUUAUUUAAAAAAGAAAAUAUGUCACCAUAUAUAUUAGAAGGGUGUGAAAAAUAUAUAAAUUAUUAUUAUGGUAUAGAAAAGGAAGAAAAAAUAAAAGAGAUGAAACAAUAUUCAGAAUUAAAUUUUUAUGAUGUAAUAAAGGAUAAAAAUUUUACUAUCGAAAAUUAUAAUAUGCUUAUAAAAAGUAAAAUACUAUUUAAUAAAGAAGAAGAAGCAUUUAAUUAUUUUAAUUUAUUAAAAAAAUAUGAUUUUAAAAUAAAUGUGGAUACAUAUAAUAGUUUAAUGUACACAUGUAUUGUUCAGAAAAAUGCUAAAUUAAGUAGAUUAAUUUAUUUGCAAAUGAUAAAAGAUAUGUUUAUACCUAAUAAAAAUACAUUUUGUAUUAUGAUUAAAUCACAUAUAUUAGAUAAUGAUAUAAAAAGUGCUUUUCAUUUAUAUAGAAAAAUGGUUAAAGAGGAAAUCGAAGUAGACCUACCAAUUUAUUCAACACUAAUAGAUGGAUUAAUAAAACAUAAAUUAUAUAAAAGAGCUGAAAAUUUUUAUAAUUAUAUUAUAAAUUAUAAAAAUGUUGUACCUGAUGAAAUAUUAUAUACUAUUAUGAUCAAAAAUUGUUCAUAUAAUGGAGAAGCUGAAAAAUGUUUAAACAUUUAUGAAACAAUGUUAUCAAAUAAUUUGAGAAUAACUGAUAUAACUUUAAUAGAAAUAAUUAAUUGUUUAUCAAAAAGAGUUGAUUAUUUUCAUAAAGUUUUCCAUUUUUAUAAUAUUUAUUUAGCUAACGAUAUGAAACUAAACCAUCGAAUUAUGUUAUAUAUGAUUAUAGCUUGCUCAAAUAGUGGAAAUAUAAAAAGACUAAAAGAAAUAUUAAAAACUAUGAAUAAAUAUAAAAUAAAAAUCACUGAUGAAAUGUAUUGUUAUAUUAUAAGGGCUUUUGCAAAUAACUGUAAAAGUAGAAAUAUGCAAAUAAGUGAAAAAAACAACAAUAUAAAAUAUGCUUGGGGUAUUAUAUAUUAUAUGAUGAAUAUUAGAAAAAAUAACAUAAAUGACAAAUCUAAUGUUUCAGGAUCAUCAACAGAAAAUGAGCAUACAAAUUCCCCAUUAAUUCAAAAAAAAAAUCAUAUUGUAAAUACUAAACUACUGAACAGUAUAGUUCUAUUAUAUAUUAAUUGUGAGUAUUAUGAAUACUCUAUAAAUAUGCUAAAAUAUUAUUCAUAUUUCCAUUGUAUCCCAGAUUAUUAUACUUUUAAUAUGCUAUUUAAAAUGCUUUUUUAUAAACAAAAAGAUUAUGGAAAGGUUAUAUGCCUGUACAACUAUAUGGUAAAUAAUACUAAUAUAAAAAUAGAUGAACAUACAUUUGAUUUAGUAUUAAAUUCAGCUAUUAAAACAAAAUCGUCAAAAAAUACUUUAUUUAUUUUACGGCAUAUGUUUACUGCCAAAAUUUAUCCAACUCCUAAAACGAUUAAAAAAUUAUUUCAUGUUGCUAGACAUAUUACAGAUAUUCAACUUAUUAUUAAUAGUAUGAUACAUCAACAAAAAAAAGACAUAUAUGAAGAAAAUGUUAAAGAAAAUCAACUUAUACAAUUAAAUAUUGAUGAAUAUGAAUUGAAUUUAUUUAAAGAUGGUAAAACUUUUAAAACCAAAUCAGAGAUCGAUCAAGUAAGGGAUCAAUUUUUUAAAAGAAAGGAAAGAAUUGAAAAGGAUAAAAAAAUGUCAAAAAAUAAAAAAUCAUCUGAUUGGCUACCUUAUGGGCAAUAUUUGCAAAGCAAGAAAAAGGGAGGAGAGAUUUAUGCCAAGAAAGUUGACAGACCCAGGCCCCUUCCAUUCGAUUGA